AUGGCGCCUAUAAAGAAGCGCACAACAGCGCGCGCAAAGUCCGCUCGCGCCGCCCGUCCCACGACUACCACUGCAACUCUCCCAAAGCCCGACGGCAUCCCCUCGUACCCUUCCUCCAAGCGCGACAAGCUAAAGAUCAAACACUCAUCCUUCGUAUCCAAAAUCGAAAAGUCCUCUGCCAAGACCCAAAAACGGCGACGCCCCAAUAACAAGCUCAUCGCAAACCUCGAGUCGCUCGCCGACGCCCUGCCAGAGUCUGGGGAAGAUGGGCUCGAAACAAGUCAAGCGCGGAUAGUGCAACCCCAGACGAUGCCCGAUAGCAUGAAGAAAACAAAGGGUGCGAAGAAGCGGAAAGAGAAGCUGGAGAAGUUGGAGAAGGAGAGGUUUAAUGCAAAUCUGGCGCAGCUUGUGGGCGGGAGUGGGAAAGGGGCACAGGGCGCUGAUGCAGUACAAGAUCGCUGGGCGGCGCUCAAGAGUCAUGUGCAGAGUAACAUGCAGACGAAGCCUGAGUUCGCACAGCAUGAAAGUCAGGCGUCUGAGACACAACGAUAG